UAAUAAAUUACAGAUUUUCUAUUUCUCAUUGGGAAUGUUUUAUAGAUUUUGUAAUUCUAUAAAUAUUAGUUGAUGGCAAAACGUGUGUUAGAAAGAAUGUUUUGUUGGAGCAUCUCAAUCGGAUUUAAGAACAAUCACUGAUAUUUGAAUCCAGCUUCCAUGCAAUGGAUUUUUACACGCAUUCUGCAUUUCAGAACCCUUGAAUGAGAAUGAAGUCGUUGAAAAUAUUUUCCUUUGGUCAAAUUAAGUUAAAACACACAUUCAUAAUCUCAAAUGUCUGAUCUAUAUCUUACGGUUAUAAGUAACAGCUUUGUUGAAUCUAGCUUCCUAAUUUUCACUCCUUUUUAUUGCAUUUUUUAUUAUGUUUUAUAAAGUACUACAUUCCUUGAAAAUUGUUUUGUGGGAGGUAUAGGUUUAUGUUGUAAGUUGAUUGUGUUUGUUGUUACAUGGACUGAAGAUGCAUAUUUUCGCAGGAUAGUAAUUUAUGACUCUAAAAUCAUUGGAUAAAUUAUGGAUGUUAUAGUGUGAAGCAUUGGAUCCCAGAAAAAGAACUCCAAAAUGCAUGAGGCAGCAUGUUUAGACUUGAUGGAUCAGUAUCAGGUUGGGAGACCUCCUGUGAAGCUCCAUCAAGGAUGCCUCAUUCACGCAAAAAUUGAGAGGCCAUACGUGUGUGUUGUUGAUGAUUGUCAGGCAAGUUACCGACGAAAGGAUCACCUGACUCGACACGUUUUACAGCAUCAAGGGAAGACAUUUAAAUGCCCUGUUGAGAAUUGCAGCACCGAGUUCUCUUUGCAAAGCAAUGUGAAACGGCAUGUUGAGGAGGUCCAUGAUGACAAUUCUACCUCUACCUGUGACAGAACUCACAAGCAGCACACAUGUCCAGAAAUUGGCUGUGGAAAGGUUUUCAGAUUUGCAUCGCAGCUACGAAAGCAUGAAGAUUCUCAUGUUAAACUGGAGUCAGUAGAUGUGGUGUGCUUAGAGCCUGGUUGCAUGAAGCAUUUCACUAAUGUCCAGUGCCUUCAAGCCCAUGUAAAGUCCUCCCAUCAAUACAUUACCUGUGAAACUUGUGGUACUAAGCAACUAAAGAAGAAUAUUAAACGUCACCUUCUUACACAUGAACCUCUCAAUUCACCAGAGACCUUUCGAUGUGAGUUCAAGGGUUGUAGCUGCACAUUUUCAAGAAAAUCUAAUCUUGAUAAGCAUAACAAGGUUGUUCACUUCAAGGAAAAACCUUAUGUGUGCGGGUUUGCUGAUUGUGGCAUGAGGUUUGCUUACAAACAUGUGCGAGAUAACCAUGAGAAAACUGCAAAACAUGUUUUUACCCUUGGUGAUUUUGAAAAGACUGAUGAAGAAUUGAGGUCAAAAUGUAGGGGAGGGAGGAAGAGGAAAUGUCCUAGUGUUGAAAUGAUACUUAGGAACAGGGUUACCCCUCCGAGUCAAUUGGAGAGUUUGUUAUUCAUGCAGGAUAGUGAGUAGCAUUGUGUACUCUUGAUAAAAGUUGGCAAAAUGUAAAUUUAAUAUGUUGUCAUUCCUCUAGUAAUAAUAAAAUAAUAUUUAUAUCUAUUUUGAAAAUUUUUUAGAAUAAAAUUUUCGAAAUAGAUAUAUAUUCUAUACUAUUCUACAACAUUCAUUUA